UAGUCACACAAUUUUUACAGAAUUCAUACAAACAAUUGGUCGAAUGGCACGCUCAUUGAACGAGGCAUUAUCAAACACAAUCAUAAGCACAGAAGAAACUCACCUACAUCUAUCUCUGUGAACCAGCAAAGACAUCCAAAAUCCCACAACAAUUCCAACAUAUUGCCCAAUGCCAUGCAGCAGCCAUAAAAUCCCAGUCACACAUAUGCAGAUCCACAAUUGUAAUUAGCGUUCAUGAUCCAGGGGUCAGUGGAGAAACAUCCCUGUCACAUACUUCCGGAGUAGUCAUUAGAGUAAAUCAGUAAAUCUCUUUGAAUUAAUUGCAUACAUACCUGGCCUUCGUCUCUGAUUGAUGCGCAGGAUGCACCUUGGCUGUGUCCCGGACCACCACCUCCUCGCUCUUCACCUCUGGUCCACGGACGGCCUCAACGCCAAGGAGUUCGCGCUGCUCCGCUCCAUCGUGGCCGCGCGCGCGCCCAGCAGGCUGCUUGUGGUCGGCCUCUCGCCGCAGCUCCUCGCGCUCGCCGCGGUCAACUCCGGGCAGGGCGCUGCCACCGCCUCCGACAGCGCCGAGGACGCGCGGGGCGUGCUCGUUGGGCGUGGCCCCAGCAGCUCGGCGGCCGUCCAUGUUUCAAGGUACCCUGACCCGGCCGGGGAGGCGUGGGCAAUGCUGCGGCGCGCGAGGUCGAGCCCGGUGUGCCGGCGCCCGACGGGGACGGUGCGCAAGUUGGGCUGCCGGCUGGUGCUGACCUCCUUGCCGCGGGAGGUGCUCGACGCGAGGUGGGACGUGGUCGUCGUCGACGGGCCGAGCGGGGCAGGUCCCGGGGAGCCGGGGAGGAUGGGUGCCAUAUACACCACGGCCGCGCGCGUGACGGGGGGCGAAGCGGUGGACGUGACGGUGCACGAGAUGAACCGGACGAAGGGAAGAUCUGACGCCACCGCCAAUAUUCUCCACCCAGCGGCGCCAUGGAUGCCGACCGACGAGCGCCUCAUCGCGGCUGCUGGCCGACGAGGACAGGGGAGCUCAGGUGCUGGGAUGGAGACGCACCUACAGGGGGGCCGGGGACGCCGGAGGCGGAGGAGAGGCCGAGAGGGCCAGAGGCGGAGGGGAGAGCCGGACGGCCGACGAGUUCGCCAACGAGAGCCCCGCCGGAGCCGUCCCCCCUUCGACCUUCUCUGCUCGGCGGCGCAGCUCACGCGCGUAUCCAUGAUGGCGUCCACGAUGUUCGAUCGGCAUGGUUCAGCGGUCUCUCAGAUCUCGCUACUUAUAGGUGUGCCACUCCUAUCCCGAUGGCUACGGAGGUGA